GCCAAAAAUAUAAAAAAUAAGUAUUUUUUUCAACAUAAAAAUAAUAAUAACAGAAAAGACAAAUGAAUACAGAUUGUAUAACUUAUAUCAAGAAGAUAAUUAAUUAAUUUUUAUAAAAGUAAAUAAAAGUUGUACAAAUAUUCUCAAAAGAAGUAACAGCAUGCAUGUGCUGAUCUGUUAAAUUAAACCCCAUUAGUGAUUAAUUUAUUAAUUGAAAUCAAAAGAAGAAGUGAGAGCAUGUGCUAAUCUGAUACCAUUAUCAUUUCCUUACUGUUUUGCUCUCACUCUCUUCUUCCUCUACUAAGUACUGAGCUUGUUACCAAUGGCUGAGCUUGUGAUUGGUGCUUUUCUCUUCUUUUGACUUUGUGCUUGAAAAGAUUGCUUCUCCUUAUGUUGAGGAAUUCUUCUUUAAGGCCAAAAAUGAAAGUGCAUCUGUUGUUUCUCAGAGGCUUUUCAAGAUGAAGUCAACGUUCAAUUCUCUUGCUGCGGUUCGCUUUGAAGUGGAGAACAAGAGAAUCAAAAACCCCGCUGUGGAGAAGUGGCUGGACGAUCUUCUGGAUGUUGUCGAUGAUGCUGAGGACUUCUUUGGCGAUAUUCAAUACAAUGCUAUGAAACCCGACAAAGCUGAUGAGUCGAAGAAAGAAAAACGAAAGGCUAUUAGUAAGUUACUCUCUUGUUUCUCCAAACCUUCUAAUUCAGCUGAUCGUGUAAGAAAUGCCAAUAUGGAAGUGAUUCUUAAGAGGUUGGAGUACGUAGCCAAUCAAAUUGGAAACUUCAAUCUUGAAAAGAAUGUUGGUGAGGUGAAACCAACAGAAAGGUUACGUUUGAAGACUUCUUUGCCAGAUGAACCUGAACUUUACGGUAGAAAGAAUGAUGAAGAUGUUUUGAUGAAGUUGUUGAUGUUCGAUGAUGUAGGUAUUUUAAAGAUAUGUGUCAUUCCAAUAUUGGGAAUGGGCGGGGUCGGAAAAACCACCCUUGCUCAAACCCUUUUCAACAAUGAAGGAGUGACAAAGAUGUUUGAACUUAAGGCAUGGGUGUAUGUCUCUGAUAAAUUUGAUGCCAUGGCUGUGACAAAAAGCAUUCUUCAACAAGUUGCUCCAGGUGAAGCUUCAAGUGACAUGGAUUUGAAUUUGCUUCAGGUUAAUUUGACAAAGAAGUUAACAGGAAAGAAGUUUUUGAUUGUUUAAGACGAUGUUUGGGAAGAUGAUUAUGUUCAGUGGGUAGAAGUGAGGAAGCCUUUCAAUGGUGGUGUCGAAGGCAGCAAAAUAAUAGUAACAACAAGAAAUGAAAAAGUCGCAGAUAUUAUUCGAACUGUUAGCACACACCAUCUCAUAGAAUUAUCAGAAGACUGAGUGUUGGAAACUAUUUGCAGAGCAUGCAUCUUGUGGAAAUCAUAGAAUGUUUAUCACAAACCCAAAAUUAGAAAGUAUUGGCAGAGAAAUAUCUAAAAAAUGUAACGGCUUGCCUUUAGCUGCCAAAGUUCUUGAAGGCCUCUUGAGAUCGACGUUGGAUAUUGAGAGAUGGGAACAAAUAGCUAAGAAUAAUAUUUGGGAGCUCUCACAUAAAAGGAGCAAGGUUCUUCCUGCUGCUUUAGAAGUGAGCUAUUAUUAUCUUCCUCCACACUUGAAAAGGUGUUUUGCUUAUUGUUCAAUAUUCCAAGGCUAUGAAUUUCAAAGACUGGAGUUGGAAUAUGGAUGGUCGAAAAUCUUGUGCAGUAUUCCCAGAGCAAUUCGAGAAUGGAAGAAGUUGGAUGUGAGUAUUUUGAUGAUUAAGUAUCUAUGUCACUUUUCAUUAAAACAGAGACCUUGAGAGGCACGUUUUUUGUCAUGCAUGAUCUUAUUGUUGAUUUAGCUAGAACUAUUUGUGGAAAAUAUAGUUUUUUGUUAGAGCAAAAUGACGAUAUUGAUAGGCUUCAGAAGAAGACACGUCACCUUGGAUGUGUCAUGGAACUUUCUACUGAUAACAAGGUGUCUAGCUAUGAUUUUAAAGCUACACGUUUGCGAACCUUUUUAACAUUAUUGGGUUCAAGAUAUCCAGAAAUAAGUAUUUCUGAGGAAGUACUGCAGAAUCUGCUAUUGAUGUUGAAAUGUUUGUGAGUUCUAUCUUUUCGUGAUCUUGAUAUGAUUGAGUUAUCUAACUCAAUUGGUGAACUAAAACAUCUUCGUUAUUUAGAUCUUUCUAACACCAAGAUGGCGUCGCUGCCCGAAUCUGUAACUAUUUUGUACAAUUUACAGACAUUGAAGUUAGAAAACUGUCAUCAUCUUCAAAUGCUGCUUAAAGAUAUGCAUCGUCUCAGUAAUUUGAGACAUCUUAUUAUUAGUGGGAUUAUGCUAGAAGAGAUGCCAAGUCAAUUAAGUAAACUGAAAAAUCUCCAAAUGUUGACAACUUUUGUUGCGGGGAAGGAUAGUGGUGCUAAAAUAGAAGAGUUGUCAGAACUUCAAACUCUACACGGAGAGCUUUCCAUUGAGAAGUUAGAAAAUGUGGCCAAUAUUACAAAAGCAUCGGAUCAAGUCAAUGUACUAGAAAAGCAUCAACUUGAGGAAUUGAAUUUCAUAUGGAGUAUUAAUUAUGUUGGUUUUGAACCAAAACGUGGAGAGGGUGUUCUUGAAAUGCUUUCACCUAACACAAUGUUGAAGCAACUCAAAAUUCUUAAUUACCCAGACUCAAAAUUUCCAAAUUGGGUUGGGAAUGAUUCCUUUAGCAACAUUGCUAGCAUAAGUCUAGUUGGGUGUAAGCAUUGCUCCUAUUUGCCACCCUUUGGGCAACUUCCUGUACUAAAAUAUCUUUACAUUUUCAGGAUUCCAUUCGGUAGUGAUAGUAGGUGCUGAGUUUUAUGGGAAUAAUUCUACGAGAAAACCAUUUUAAUCAUUAGAAACAUUAAGCUUCAGCAGGAUAUUAUUGUGGGAGCAAUGGCAUUCAAUGCAAACCGAAGAGGCAACAACAUAUGGGAAGCUCAAAACACUUACUAUCAAUGAUUGUCCUAACUUCGUCGAAGAUUCGCCUUGCUCCCUUCCUUCAUUAAUAAGUAUUAGAGUUGAUGGAUAUAAGGAGCGCCCAUUAUUAAGUCUUCCAAGAUUACCAUAUGUCACACAAAUGAGAAUUAUAAAUUUGGAGAAUUCGAAGUCAUUGUAUGAGGCAAUAAAGCCAAGGAAUUCUUGUUUCACUUCUACAGGAUGUUUGCCUGCCACUCUCACUCCACUCAUGGGAAAGACUCUUCAGGAGCUUCAUUUGCGGAAUUGCGGGUCAUCCUUCACAUCCUUCCAUUUGGACUUAUUUCCCAAUCUCAAAACUCUUCAUAUUGAAUCCAGUCACUAUUUUGAAGCAGUCUCAAUGUCCGAUGGGUGUCUCUUGAGGAACUAACAUUUUUUUCUAUCAAAGAUUGUGUUAGUUUUGUAUCUUUCCCAUAUGGUGGACUUAUUGCUCCCAAACUGAGUGAGUUGGAGAUUAUUAAUUGUCCUAACUUGAAGUGGUUGCCAAAGAUGAUGAUUUCCCUCUCAUCUUUAGAGUCCUUAAUAAUCAGAGAUUGUCCUUUGAUAGAGCCUUGCCCUGAAAAUGAAGGUGGUUUGCCUGUUAGUUUGUCUACACUUAAUAUAUCCUAUGAUGCAUUUUUGAGGUUGAAAUGGAAUUGGCAAACAUCACCCCAUCUUACCUUUAUUUGUAUUUUUGGAAAUAAAGAAGAUAUGGAAUCAUUUCCGGAGGAAGGGCUACUGCCUACCACUCUUACCCAUCUUAGUAUUAUCUCAUUUGCAAAACUUAAAAGCUUGGACAGAAAUGGCUUUACACAACUCACCUCCUUGCGAACACUUAAAAUCUUGGAGUGCCCCGAGUUGCAUACAUUGUCUGUCAGUUGAUUAGAGAAUUGAAACUGGUAGAUCCAAAAUUGAACAGUGGCAGCUUCACAUGGUCAAAUUUCAGAGAGAAGCCUAUUUGUUGUAGGCUAGAUAGAUUUUUGUUUUCUAAUAGCUGGAGCGAGUUGUUUCCCAUUUGUGAGACAGGAAAUGGUGGUAAGAAUUGUUUCGGACCACAGUCCUGCAGUCCUUGACUCAAAUUCGUGUAAGUGGGGACCUGGACCAUUUUGAUUUGAUAAUAUAUGGCUGGAGCAUAAGAUGUUUGCUAAGUGUUUCGGGGCUUGGUGGAGAAUUGUUGUUGGGUCUGGAUUGGCAGGGACAAAGUUCAUGAGCAAGUUGAAAGAAGUAAAAGAAAAAGUGAAGGAAUGGAUUAAGGUAAAUUAUGGCAACAACCAUGCAAUCAAGAGUGCACUGGAAAAAAGACUGCUCACUUUGGAUCAGUUGGAAGCAAAAAAUGAGUGGAAUCCCUCUUUAGUGGAGGAGAGGAAAAAGGUUAAAAACAAGCAAAGACUUACAUUCGAAGAGGAAAGAAGUGUGUGGCUGAAAUCAAAGUGCAAGUGAGCUAAUAAAGGAGAUGCAAACUCGAGGUUUUUCCACAAUAUGUUAAAUGCAAGAAAAGCUAAGAACACAAUCUCAAAAUUGAAAGAGAAGAUGGGGCGAUUCUGGAAAAUGAGGAAGAUAUAGUGAAAGAAACCAUCUCCUUCUUCUCAAAGUUGUACACUUCAGAGAGGAGAAGAGGUAAGUGCAUAGAAGGCAUCGAUUGGCUAGCUAUCCCGUUCGAAGAAGAUGAAGUCAAGGAUGCAAAUUUUUAGUUGCUGAAGGCAGCAAGGCUCUAGGGCCAGAUGGAUUCAGCUUGGCAGUUUCCAGUCUCAAUGGAAAGUUAUUAAGGAAGAUUUGAUGGAUAUCUUCAGAGCUUUUGAAAAGGAAGGUAUCAUUCAAGGAAGUAUUAAUCAGACAUUUAUUUGUCUGAUCCCUAAGAAACUCAAUAGUUGCAAAGUCAGAGAUUACAGAUCAAUCAGCUUGGUAACAAGUGUGUAUAAGAUAAUAUCAAAGGUGUUUUCUCUUAGAUUAAGGGGAGUGCUGGAGGAGAUGAUCAUGGAAUCACAAUCAACUUUUGUGGAAGGGCGGCAAAUCUUGGACUCGGUGCUGAUAGCAAACUAGAUUGUGGAGGAUUAUAGAAGCUAAGGCAAGAGUGGUAUGGUAUUCAAAAUUGAUUUUUAGAAAGCCUAUGAUAGGGUGGAGUGGGUUUUUUUAGAUAUGGUUCUGUGCAGUAAAGGGUUUGGACGAAGAGCCCAUGGAAAAGCUGUGUUCCAUCAAAAGUUCAAGUUUUUGGUUGGCUUGUCGCUUUAGACAAAGUGAAUGUCCAUGACAAGGUGCAAAAAAGGAAGCCUUUCCUUUAUAUUUUCCCUGGCUGGUGUGUUUGCUGCAAAGGCAGCGGAGAAGACGUUGGACAUUUGUUUCUGGAAUGUAAUUUUAUUCGGUGCUUAUGGAGACAUGUGCUAGAGGAGUUUAAAUUGGCUUGGGUUAUGCCAAGGUCCGUACCACAUAUGAUAGCUUCCAAGUUAACUGGCAGUAAAUGCAGAACAAAGCUAUGGAAAACAGUUAUCUUAGCAACACUUUGGGCUGUGUGGCUGGAAAGAAAUGUCAGAAUUUUUGAAGAGGAUGCUAAAUUAGAAGCGGAUGUGUGGGAGAAAGUUAAAUUUUGGACAGCUACUUGGGUCUUUAGAACCAAACAUUUUGAGGAUUUGUCUUUUUUAAAUUUAUGCAGAGAAUGGAAAACAAUUUUAUAAGCUUUGGAGAGUGAUUUUGUCUUAGGACUUUUUGUGUGAUGUCAAUUAUAACCAUGGUUUUUCUCCGCCAUAAGCGAGGCUUUCUAAUAAAUAACAAGGAGGAUCCUGGACAAGUGGAUCUCUAUUCUUUUUCAAUGAAGGGUUUCGAGUUACAUGGAGGAAAUGGAUUAAAGGUUGCAUCUCGUCAACGUCCUUCUCAGUUUUCAUCAAUGGAAGACCAAGGGGGUAAUUUAUUUGUUAUCGGGGCCUCAAACAAGGAGAUCCACUAUUCCCUUUCCUGUUUUCAUUGGUCGUUGAUGUCCUUGGGAGAAUGAUGGAAAAAGCAGUAGCAUUAGGUAAUUUUUCGGGCUUUGUGGUUGGAAAAGACAAGAUACAAGUCAAUCAUUUUCAAUAUGCAGACGACACUCUCUUGUUUGUUAACAUUGAGGACUCAUUGCUGAAAAUGGAAAGGUUAGUGGAAGCUUUUUGUGAUAUUUCUGGCUUGAAAGUAAAUCUGAAGAAAAUUCAGUUGUUGGGAAUAUGUAUGGAUGAGAGGGUUGUGUUACAUCACGCAUUGCCGAUUGGCUGUGAGGCUGGGAGUUAACUAUGAAAUAUCUAGGGAUGCCAUUGGGUGGAUCGCCUAGGAAGUGGUGCUUUUGGGGACCAAUCUUAGAUAAGUGUGCUACGAGAUUAGAUGGGUGGAGGUAGGUUGACAUUUAUUUAGUCUGUGUUAUCCUCUCUCCCAAUUUAUUUCUUAUCUUUAUUCAAAGCUCCAAAGGGCGUAAUAAAAUUAUUAAAGAAGACGAUGAGAGAUUUUUUCUGGGAAGGUAGCGAGUCUUCAGGUGGAGAACACUUAGUCUCAUAGGAAUGUAUGUAGGAAACGGGAAGAGGAAGGCUUGGGUAUUGGAAGUUUGGCAUUGAGAAACAAAGCCAUGUAGGAAACGUAUGUAGGAAACAGGAAGAUGGAGGUUUGGGUAUUGGAAGUUCGGCAUUGAGAAACAAAGCCAUGCUCAUGAAAUGGCUGUGGAGAUUCCCUUUGGAACCAAAGGCGUUGUGGCAUAAAAUAGUGGCGAGUAGGUAUGGCUGAAAACCCGUGGGAUACAAAAACUUGACCCCAAAGUUCUCCCAAAAGCCUUUGGAAAGACAUUUCAGAUUUGUAUGAAUAAUAUCUUGGGCUGGUGCAUUUCAAGGUUGGCAUGGGAGACAAAAUUCGAUUUUGGGAGGAUGUGUGGAUGGGUGACGCUCCCUUAAGUAGUGAGUUCCUUAAUCUAGCAAUGAUCUCCAGGCAAGAAAUGGAAGUAUGAGGGAGCAUAUAGUGGAUGAAGGACUGCCAGGUGGUUGGGUUGAAAGCUCUGGUAUCUGAAUUUUAGGAGGAAUUUGUUGGAGGGAGAAGUUCCAAGUAUCACUAUGCUUAUGAAGAAACUGGAGCAUGUAAGAGUAAUCAAUAUUGCGGAUAAUUAUCGAGUUUGGAAGCUUGAUCUAUUGGGGGUUUUCUCUUGCAAGUUAGCUUUUCUGUGGUUUACUUUAAAUCCAUUUACUGGAGAAUUGUUCUGGUCAAGGAUCCUUUGGAAGAGUUGUGUUCUGUCAAAGAUCAAAGUAUUUGGGUGGCUUGUUUCAUAUGGCAAAGUAAAUGUUCAUGAUAAGCUACAGAAAAGGAAAUCACCUUUUCUCUAUAUCUCACCAGGAUGGUGCGUCUGUUGUAAAUGCAGUGAUGAGGAUAUGAGACCUCUAUUUUUGGAAUAUGCCUUUGUUAGACAGAUAUGGUCGAAACUGUUGGUGGAGUUUGAAGUAAGUUGGGCUAUGCUAGGAUCUAUGACGCUAAUGAUAGUUAGCAAACUGAAUGGCAGUAAAAGGAGUACGAAACUGUGGAGAACAACGUUGCUAGCAACUAUUUGGCCCGUUUGGUUGGAGAGAAAUGCCAAGAUCUUCGAAGGGGUUGAAAAUGAUUCGUUAGUUAUUUGGGAGAAAGUGAAGUUUUGGACAGCUACUUGGGUGUUUAAAACUAAAUAUUUUGAGGAUUUGUCCUUUUUAGAUUUAUGUCAGGAGUGGAAAUCCCUUUUGUAGCGGCUUUGUUUUCUUUGUCUCUUAUAUGCGGUAGGAUGUUGUCAGUGCUUCGUUUUUUGCCGCUAGUUUUGUAACCACGGGUUUCCUCUGCCAUGAGUGAUGGUCUUUUAUUCUUUUCGGGUGGGGACUAGUCUAAGACUUUGGCCUCUCUCUCUUUUUCAAAAAAAAAAGAUGUUCAUGUGAGAAUUGUUGUUCUUGAUUCGAAUCCACCAUCGUGGGGACCCUCUCCCUUCUGGUUUGACAACAUGUGAGAAUGAGUUUGUACUAUGGUGGAAUAGUGUGUGAGUUCAAGGGUGGUCAGGUUUUAGAUUCAUGGAGAAACUACGAGAAGUGAAAGGAAAAAUAAAAGAACGUAAUUAGAAAGAGGUGGGAAGUAAACAACUAAAGAACAAUCACUGGAUGGGCGACUGUAUAUGUGAACAGAAUGGAGGAACGAGGUGAGUGGGAUUCACAUUUAGUGGAAGAAAGAAGAUGGCUUAAAAUAGAAUGGAAGCGAAUUGCUAUUGAAGAAGAUGCAAAUGAGCAAAAGAAGAAGAGAUUAAAAAUGUAGUUUUUGAGUGAGAUGGGAGAAAGCCCCUUGACCAGAUUGAUUUUCAAUGGCUAUGUACCAAUCAAAUUGGGAUGUAGUGAAGAAGAAUCAAUGGAAGUGUUUAGGAGGUUCUCAGAGGAAUUGAUCAUUGUAUGAGGCAAUAAAGCCAAGGAAUCCUUGUUCCACUUGUACUACUUUCAGUGGAUGUUUGCCUUCUAGUACUCUCACUCCACUCUAUCAUUACCCUCCUCUUCAAGAGCUUCGUUUGUGGUAUUGUGGAUCUUCCUUUAGAUCCUCGAUAUGGAUUUAUUUCCCAAUCUGAAAACUCUUCAUAUUAAAUCAAGCCACUACAUUGGGCAGCAGAGAAGAUGUUGGAUAUAUGUUUUUGGAAUGCAAAUAUAUUCAGCUCUUAUGGAGAAAUGUGCUUGUAGAGUUUGAAUUGUCUUGGGUUAUGUCAAGGUCCGUAUCACAAAUGAUAGCGUCCAUGUUAAUCAGCAAUAAACGCAGAACAAAGCUAUGGAAAACAGUGAUCUUAGCAACAAUUUGGGUCGUGUGGCUAGAAAGAAAUGCCAGAAUUUUUGAAGGGGAUGUUAAAUCAGAAGCGGAUGUGGGGGAGAAAGUUAAAUUUUGGACAGCUACUUGGGUCUUUAGAACAAAAAAUUUUGAGGAUCUAUCUUUUCUAAAUUUAUGUAGAGAAUGGAAAAAAAUUGUCUUAUUGCUCUGUUUUUAACUAUAACCAUGGUUUUCCCCUGCCACAAGCAAGGCUUUUUAAUAUAUAACGGGGAGGAACCUGUCUAAGACAAGAGGAUCUCUUCUCUUUUUCAAAAAAAUCUAGCCACUACAUUGAAGCUAUCUCAAUGUCAAAAGGGAAAUCUUUGGAGGAACUAACAUCUUUCUUUAUCUAUCCAAAAUUGUGAUAGUUUUUUUUAUCUUUCUCAAAUGGUGGACUUAUUGCUCACAAGCUGAGUAAGUUGGAGAUUAGUAAAGAGCUUUGCUAUUGGGCACCAGCGGUGCCUAGCACCCUUAAGACGUAUCGCUUUGUGAUUGGCUUGCGAUACUCUUUAAAAACUAUUAUAUUUAACGAUAUUGACAGGUAGGAGGGUGCUUGGCACUACUGGUGCCUUUUAGCAUUUCUUAUUAGUAAAUCUCCUAAAUUGAAGUGGUUGCCAGAGAAGAUGACUUCUCUCUCAGCCUUGAAAGGGUUGACAGUCAAACCUUGUCAGUUGAUAAAGAAUUUCCCAGUUAGUUUGCUUAGACUUAUUAUGAUGUAUUUUUGAGGAUGAAAUGAAAUUGGCAAACAUUACCCCAUUUUACCUAUCUUCAAAUAUUUUUUAUUUUGCUCUGUUUUUCCAAAUAAUUUUGAUUGAUUUAUAUAUCAGAACAUGGAAACAAACAUACUACUGUACGAUAUAUAUGGAUUUCUUAAAUGGAUUAUAUAUCUAAAGCUUUUAUGUAUAUCUAGUUUAAGGUCAAGUCUUGCUUUGCUCAAAUCAAUACACUUGGAAUUCUAAAGUUUAUGACAAUUUCAAAAUAAUAUUCCAACCAUUACAUAUAAGAUAUAUAAAUUCUGAUAGUUUAUGUGUCCGUUGGAGCUUGUUUUGUACCAUGUUUGAUGGUUUGUUCAUGUACUUGUUGCGACUAUGUACAAUAUUAGGCC